GGUGACUAUGAGGCCAGUAGUGAGCAUGAAAGGACAUGUGAGGGGAGCUAUGUCCUCAUCAGCCCUUCUGGUCUAGAUAACUGCACAUUCUUCCAUAGCACUGGCCAGCAGUUCAUUUGAAGACAGAAUCACUGUUUCCAGGUGUUCAGUGUCAGCGUUAAAAUGGUCAGCAGCCGUGCCAGCCGGCAGCUAGGAGGCCUUGCUGCCGCCAUCCUAGCAUGGAUCCUUUGUAGUGCCUCUAUAGGCCUCCCUCGUUGGCGAGUGUGGGGUUUUCGAGAGCCCAUGGAUUCCAAGCCCAGCAUGACUUUAGUGGGGAUGUGGAAAACCUGCGUUCACCACCAGGAAAGUAAUUCAACCAUUUCUAGAGUGUGUUACCCAUAUACCUAUCAGGACACCUUCAUUCCUUUGGAUAUUCGAGUUGCUCAACACCUGUUACUUGUCUCCAGCUUUCUCGGCAUGGUUGCGACAGUCUCAGUCUUUGCUGCUAUUUGGAAAUUGUACUCAGGCAAACUCCCGAAGAAAGCCACCCACAAUCCAUUCAUCUUUUCAGGGGUUCUGAACAUCAUUGCUGGCAGCUUUCUCUUCCUAUCUGUCUUGUACAACUAUUUAUCCAUCAUUCGCAAGGCUGGGAUUGCCUUCCCCCCAUAUUUCCGCACGCCGUCCUUCCCAGAUACCCAGAAAGUUGGUAGUGCAUUGGUAAUGGCAACUCUUUCUUCCUUCUUAUUUCUAGUGGGUGGCACAAUUUCCAUUUCUUUCUCUUUUCCCCGGCGUUCCCAUAUAUGUACUACCAUUUAAAUGUAAAUUUCCAACUUACAUAGACUUGAAAAUCCAAAACAACAAGGAGUAAUCACAAGUGUACUUCAGAUAUCUACCUAAAAUUUCCAGAUUCAGAACAUGCCAAAGGUGGACAAGUGCUCUCCAUUUAUAUUUCCUGUUUUGGUCGAUUUAUUAUUUCAUCGAUUGGCUUAUAGAUUUUCAUUAAAUAAAUUCAUGGCCACUUAAUCUUAUGACUUAUGAAUUUUAAUUACUAUUGUUGAAGGUAAAUAAUCAGGGAACACAGUAAAUAAACAAAUGGGUGUCAGAAUUCUUUAACCCUCACAUCACAUUCUAAUCCAUAAAAAACAAUAACAAAAUAAAUCCAAAAGGAAAAAAAUCCCAUGAUAAUGAGCCUGUUUCUCAUGUCAUGAUAAUAACAACUCCCCUUCAUAUGAAAUUUCCCCAAAUUGUUGAAGUUGAGAGACUGCAGUAAGAAAUGUCCAUCCAGUAUGAGAAUCAUUACUUUUAACCAUUUCCCCACAUUUCCUUGCUCUGUCUGUCAGUCCUGUAAGUCCAGUUCUCUUCUCUCUAAGUAUUUUAAACUCAUCGCAUCCUUGCAAGUCCAUAUUCUCCCAUACUAUCCUGCAAAAACAUAUUUUCUUACCAUCUCACAUCUUCUAAGCAUAAGUUUCCCUUGUUAGUGCAGCCUCAAAAAUUUUCAUGCUACUCCCUGUUGUGUGACAGACACUUCUCAGGGAGAUGUGAGCAAAUAUUACUUCAGAGAGGGUGUGAACAACAAGAAGACUAUUCUACUUUGGUACCACUUGGUGAACCAGUGAGGUGACUAAUGUUUUCUGUAGCAGUAUAGAUGGAAGAUUACUUUCAAGAGCAUGAAUAACUCCAGGACAUCUCCAUCACAGCAAAACCUACUCCAGGAUUGUUCUGUAUUCAUGAAGGCAGCUCAACAGAUUUAACAGACUCCUCUCUUCAUUUGUCCUUACUGUAUAUGCAACAUUGGAGGAAAAAAGAAUUCUGAAUAUGGUAAAUUUCAGGGAUCUCUUAAGACUUUCAGUCAUUUACUUCCUGGGACUUAAGAGUCUCCCAUCAAAUGGAAUUAUUUAGCUCAGACUAAUUUGUUUCACAGCAUUCUCCUCCCAAGACAUGUUUUUCUUCAAUGUAUUUGUUAUAAACAAUAAAUAUAUUCUGCCUCUUA